AUGUCCGAAGACAUCCGACGAGAGCUGGUUUUUACCAUCCUCCGACUGGGCCUGGUGGCCACGGCCUCCUACUUUACCGUCAAGUGGAUGAUGAGUGCAAUCGACCCGACGAGGAAGCAGAAGAACAAGGCCAAGGAAAGGGCGGAAGCAACCCUAAAGCGACUGGGCAUUACCGGCCUGAAGACGCUGACCGAGUACGAGCUCACCAUCGCCUCUCAGCUGGUGCAUCCCGAUGAAAUUGAAAUCAGCUGGGAUGACAUUGCCGGUCUGGAUGACAUUAUCGACGAGCUGAAGGCCACCGUGAUACUGCCCAUCAAGGUGCCCAACCUGUACAACUAUUCCAAGCUACACGAGGCGCCCAAGGGCGUCCUCCUCUACGGCCCACCGGGAGUGGGGAAAACCAUGGUGGCGAAAGCAACUGCCAAGGAGGCAGGUGCAAGAUUUAUCAACUUGGACAUUUCCGCGUUAACCGACAAGUGGUACGGCGAAUCUCAAAAGCUGGCGGCGGCAGUGUUUACCUUGGCCAUCAAAAUUCAGCCUUGUAUAAUCUUUAUUGAUGAAAUCGACACGUUUCUGCGUAAGCGCGAGACACAUGACCACGAGGCGACUUCGAUGAUAAAGGCACAGUUUAUGGUCCUCUGGGAUGGCCUGAUUACCAACAAGAACUGCACUGUAGUGGUGAUGGGCGCCACCAACCGACCACAUGACGUUGACUUUGCCAUUCGCCGCCGAAUGCCGGCCACCUUCAACAUUGGCCUUCCCUCGCAUGAGAAACGAGUGCAAAUACUUAAGCUCAUUCUGAAGAAUGAAACACUGGACGGUGAUGUCGACCUGGAAAGCCUCUCACUGGCUACGGAGAACUUUAGCGGCAGCGACCUGAAGGAACUGUGUCGUCUGGCGGCGAUGCUGCGUGUGAAGGAGAUCACCGCCAACUACGCGGAACUCAUCAGCACCUCUAACACCGACAGCCUCUUUGACACACUGCGGCCCAUCAACAUGAAAGACUUUACCAAUGCCCUUGAUAAGAUCAAACGCAUGAAAGUCAACGGAACUGAGCAGUUUAUUGACAACUUUAACUUUGACUGA